UGGUGGGCAUAAGGUAUGGCCCCGGGACCGGCUCGCAAGCUUAUCGUCGACGUAUUAGCCACACCUCGAGAGCUCCCUGAGACGCUUACUGGUCAAUGGAUAACCAUCAGACGCAAUGUCGGUCAAAACGAUUAACGUGUUCGCGUUAGGUAAAGACCAGGGCCGCGGCAGAGGUUGCUGACAAUGCGGGGCAAGAGAUAAAGCUCUCUCCCCCUUGUCCAAUGUCAUGAUGCUUGCAAGAUCAACGCAGAUGCUUGGUUCAAGCUUCGAUUGGCUUCGAGUACCCGGCCUCUGUACACCGGACGGAGAACCCUCAGAUCAAGCGGUACUGCAAGAAGUGGCAGGGUUCUGCCUAGUGUACUACCCAGGCGCCCUCGGCGAAGCCAUUGCCGUGGGGAGAACGGUCCAAGUGUCUGUUCCUAGGUUGUUAGGACCUGGGACGGACGGUCUGGAUGCCGUGAGUAAGGCGGGGUUAAGUUGGAGUGUUGUCGGUAUUAUGAUGCAAACUCUGAACGAGAUAAGCCAGAAUGGGUUCCCCAGAUGCACCUUCUGCAGGGCCAUCGGCUGGGUCUUGAAGAACAAGUCUGUAGCGUUGACAGCACCAACCUGGUUCCGCGGAGAAGCGGCCGUUGCGCUGGUACGAGUAGAGUCACCUCGGCCAAUGGGAUGGCUCUGAACAACAUUAGCUCAUGAGUCGUUGUAUGCGAACAAGCCUUCUCCGAUCUCCAAGAGA